GAACUUUGCUGAACGACACUGUUUCGCCAGACAGCAUUAUUUUUACUAUUUCUUCAAAUUUGUGACAUACAUAGUAUGGACGAUGUAAGUUGGAAAACAGCCGUUGAAAGUCGUUUAGAUUUUCUCCAGCGUGAAAACCUGGAUCUGAAAGCUGCUUUGAAAAACAUUCUUCGAGAAAAUGAGAACAUUAGAAGUGAAUUUGAAGCCAUGAAAAACAUUUUACGGAAACAUGUCCAAGACACCGAUGAGAAAUGUAACAGAAACAUGAAGAAGUCUGCAAACAAAGAAAUCCAUACCUCUGUUGAAGACGAAUUUGGUAUUGACCCGGAAAGAGAUGGACAAAGAGUUGCAAGAAUAGUUCCUCCUUCGACAUCGACAAUAUCUUCCAUUGCCUUCUACAGCUACCUGUCUAAAAAUAGCGGUCCAAUAACUGCUCACCAUACGUUAGUUUAUGACGUCAGUCAUAUCAACAGAGGAAAUGGCUACAACAAAAAUGACGGCAUCUUCAUCGCACCUGUUUCUGGGGUUUACGUUUUUCAUUUUUCAGUGUGCAUUGGUGGUAGUGCAUAUGCUAGUUUUGAAAUUCUUGUGAACGGGGAAGUAAUAGGGGCUGUUAAUGAAGAAAGUCACACUGGAAUGGGUUAUCGUGAAGGGAGUAAUUUAGUGGUAACAUUUGCUAAUUCCGGGGACCACGUCUUUAUUAGAACACAGAGAAGCACCAUAGGAUAUGUGUUUAGCAAUGACAUGUGUAAAACAUCAUUUUCUGGGUGGUUUCUAACCAACUGAAAGUGUAUUGUAUAUGAUUUUUGGAAAAUAAACCUCUUA